AUGGAGAAAGAACAAGAGCUUAUGCUCAAACAAGCUCUUCUUGAGCAAGAAUUGGAAUUCAUCGAAAACCAAUUAAAAAACUCAGAGACCUUAAGGCCUAACACAUUCAAGUUAGCCUUAAAUUCUACCAAAAGUUCCAAAACCGUUCUUGGAAGCCUUCCAAGAAGAACUCCCAAAAAUACUGAGGAAGUCACACCUGACCUCCCAGUAGAAAUCAAGAUAAAAGACUUUGAGUAUUGCUACAGGUAUGCCCGAAGUGCAACGGAAGAAAAUUUUGUAGAAGAAAAAUUCUCCACUAUUGACAGGAAGAAUUUAAGCCACUACAAUUUCUACAAAAAUGCUAACUCUUUACAAGUGUAUGAAGCAUUUCAACUAGGAUUGAUAGGCAUCUGCAAGCAAGAAACAUAUCUGCCCAGCAAAUCCAUGGAAGAAAAGCUUGAAAGAGCCGAUAUCCUCCAGCUAGCAAAAUCUAGAAUUGAAAUCUUUAUCAAUAAGGUUUUCAGUUUUUCAGCGGAUAACAAGAUCUUCGUCAAUGGAUAUAAUGCCAAUGAGAAGACCUUAAUCUACAGCAAAUACAGCAAAGAGAUUUCUCCGGCCGAUGAACAACUAUUCUUAGCCUACCAAAACUCCUUGCUAAAGCCAGACUUAAUCGGUGAACACGUGGCAGACAUCUGUAAGACGCUCCACAAAAGCACUAGCAGAUACAACUGUCAAUGCUUAACCAUCAAGGUGGCCUCCACUACCGACAAUAAUAAUGGCAAAGCCAUUAUUAAAGAAGAUUCCUCCACAAGCUCCAGAUAA